GGGGGGGGGGGGGUGUGACCGAUGCGCCUACUCCUGAAGUAGUUGCUGUCCCAGUCUUCCCAGUCGUGUUGGCCACUUUUCGUCAAGGCCGGACUCUUUACUUUGAGACCUGGUGUGUGGUCGCAUGCUCGCUGUCCGCUGCUAUUAACAGACAGAGCGGGUUCCCUCUCAUGCACCAGUAGGGUUUCCUUGCACCCAUCGCUUGCUUGCUAAAAGUUCGCAGUCUAACGCAGCGGUGACCGUAGGACAGACGGUAAAGGGGCAGGUUGAAUUAACGCUUUCCAGGAUCACUCCCACUAAACAGAUUAUUUUUGCUUCUAAUAGCCAUCCUGGCAUGUUUCUGCUGUAGUUCCCUUCUAAUGUUUGAUCUGACUACAUAAUCUCACAAUUCCAGCAUACCCUAAGUGCAUACAACGCAGGAGGUCCGGAAAAGUCUAAAUAAUGCAUUUUUCUGCGAUGUUUCUUUUUCAGAUGGUUUCAAACAUUCCUUUCGACUUUUUGUGGACUUCUCUCGAAUGAGAACACGCAAAUGUUUUUUGCCAUCUAGUCAACAGGUUUUGGGCCAAGGCUGCAUGCAGAGAAGGGGAAGUUGCAGAUACUAAAAUAUUAACAUCGUGACUACCAGGUAUUGGCUAGCGGGCAAACAACUUCAUGGACAUCCCCUACACAUGGGGUAAAUCCAUUCAGAAGGUGGUCACUCACUGCACUUUUAGGUUGACCGUCUUGUAAGUUGAAAAAAGUACACUAAAGUCGUGCCUCAGAAUUUCGCCCCAUUCCUUACCGUUACCCCUUAAAGUAAGCUCUCCGAAACCGUAUUGGACGUCAAUUUUGUUAGCGCUCCAAUGCCCGCGCUUCUUCAAUUGUUCAUCGUCAAGCCUUUACAAUAUUGUACGUCGUAGCUGAGUAGCGAACGACUGGAUGUCCCGAGGACCUCGCUAGAUACGUACCCCCUGCAGCGUCUCAGGAAUAGUCGCUCGCCUGCCCCUACUGCAAUGACACAACCUGACUGCAUCCCACCCGCCUUACUCCCUCUGAUGAUCCUUCGCCACUUAUCCUUCCCUUCUCUUCCUGUCGCCUUCCCUUGCCACUGCCGCCAUGCCUGAUUGUUUUCCGUCCUUUGCUGUUAUUGCAAGGAAGGGUAGUGUGCAUAGAAGGCUCAUUAGCGUAUUAGCACGCCAGACGCAGACAUAUGUUUCACGGUCAUUACCGAUCGUCAUUACGUCCUUGACCAGAACAAGCGAGAGCCGCGUGCUUACUCGAGGGCUUGUGUCUAGCCUGAGCCAUGGUGGUGAAUGAUGGACAUUAUUUGUUUGCCGAAGAUCACUGAAAAACCGGUAUGGCAGUAUUUUCUCCAGUCUGCUCUAUUUGUUUCAUUAGCACAUCCAUCUUCCAUCGGUGCUUAGUGUUGAACUUGUCCGUUGUGAAAGCCACUGCACAUCCAUGCAGACUUAAUGUAGCAAUGUCUUUUUUCUGACCACUUCCUAAAUUACUUUUUAGUUUUCCAGACACAUAUUCCUCUCAAAUGUGUCCUCGAGCACUGCUUUUGAGGAAAACUGACUGACGCGAGAGUCAUUUGAGGCAUUAUUCAUUUAAGUAAACGUACAAGGGAUGUAGAAAGGGCUUGCGAAACUCACUUUUUGAACAUUUUGCUUACAAGGUGCUUGUACGAAAUGAAAUGAGUAAUCAUCUGAUUCCGAUCGGCUGUGUUGUGCUACGCAAUGGAUGGGUGGGACUUUAGAUCGAGAGGCAUUUGCCCAGCUCGUACCAAAUCGACAAUAAACAAUAAAGGCGACACAACACGCGCAACCUUUGUUUAAUUUCACUGCUAUAGUGUGAGUCGGAAAACUAACCCCUAAAUAACUUAAGACUUGCCCAAAAUAACAAACCGAUGCGAGCGGUGUGUAGUCAGCGUUGUUUGUGUUACCUGAAUUGGUCAUGAAGGAGCACGAGGUCAUGGACCGUAUUGCAACCUGCAGCAUUGUGGAUGUUAGGCCACCAGACCCGAACGCUUAGCUUGACUGCCUGUCGCAUGAUCCACCUUGAACUCCUGCAUUUCUUCUGAGCUCCUGUCAAGCUGUGGCUGACAGGAUGACGACUUGAUGGAAUGAUGGGUUCCUUUACUACCUGGAUUCGAUAGUGGCCAUCUCUAGCCACCCGUCCGACACACCAGUUUAGCGUUCAGGAGUUGCACUAAACAGCUCUAUUCGGCGGUAAACUACACUCACCACGUUGCAACAGUGCCGGGACUUAAAAUACUUUUUUAUAGACAAUCGGUUUGUCAGGUCGCAGCCCAGAUACUUCGUAGGUAUUAGCGUUGUGGGAUUCUCGACCGCCUAUCCGCCAGACCCGAGAGUCAGCCCUUUUCUCAGCUAGUCUUCGCUGUGGGUAGUUCCGUUCACUCUUCGACGCGCCGGGUGGUGGCCUCCCGGUAGAAAAAUAUGCAGGUGCCGCCUUCCCAGUUUACAGUCUGGUGAAGACGGGAGUGCGCAAAAGGGAGGGAUGCGUGCACACGUUUGAGGAGGCAAGUAAUGGCAUUAGACAUCUGGACUGCUUUAAGUUCUGUCACUUCACUAUUCAGUAAAUGCCACUUGUCUCGUGUGUCCUUGCAAAGACUACUUUUUCUUGUUAUCCCCUCUUCUGUUUUUUCUCAUUUUGCCAUCUUUCGUGUAGACUUUGAAAGACGUAGUUCGACCUAAUCUCUCGCCGCUGGUUGGUCAACCAAACGGCCAGUUUUCCUGGUUCGAGUUCGGCGCUCCAACGGACAGCCUCCUCGUUCUACCCACCUCGAAAUCCAAGGCUAUUGAUGGGUUAGCAGUCCCAUUUUUGUGAUUCUUUUCGUAACCCCUAUCUAACAAAUUAAGGAGUGAAGAUAGAAUACAUCCCGGAAACGACGGGCUGCGUGCUUUGAAGCACAAUGGAUUCGGGUAAUUCUUUGACCUCGUGAGAUCUAGUCGGAUACCGGGUGACAAAUACCUGAAAAUACCGACCUCAUUCAUCUUUUUGUGCAUACUCAAUAUCUCAUUUUCAGUAUUUCAUUCGCUAGUCCUGAUUUGCAGUGGCGGUCGCCCGGUGGAGUUAGACAUACAGCAGUUUCCUUUUUCUCUAACAAAAAACUUAAUUUAACUAGUAUUUCUGAGGUAAUCUAAUCAGAAGAUGUUAUUCUGCCUGGGAGUGAAGAAAGCGUACAUUUUGUUUACAUUGCUAGCAUAAAAAUACACACUUUCGGGGAUUUUAGGGCGUACUGAUGGACAAACUGUUCGACGCGAUGAAUGAGUGAGUACCCAGGCAAGCAGUCCGCCCACUGAUACGACAGUUCGACCGUCUCUGACAGCAGGGUAGGCGCAGGAACUGUGACUUGUGCGUGAAUUAGUUUAUGAUGGCAGUAGACUAGCGCAGCAUCGAUAGCCUUCUCCCCCCUCAGUCACCUGAUGCCACUUUCAAGGCCUAGUCAAGAAGAGCAAAGGCUGGAUCGGUCGUAGUGACUGAGUAAACUAGACAGCCCGUCUGCGCGUGCCACACACUCCCUGCCCGCGCGCAGGGGAUCAGGUUUGCACAGAAACAAAAUGGGACUGACACGAAUUCCGGAUGAAUGGGGUGUCGCAUUCAGAAGAAACCAUCGCGACUUGACUCUUCGUCCUGAUGGGAGGACCGAGUUAUCCCUUCAGUUGUCAGCUUUCCAAGCCACGACAUUUAGUAUACCGUGAUAAUUUAAUAGCGCAUCAGGAGUAUGUCUUGAGUGAAGUGGGGACGCACUCCCCUGAGUCGACCUCCGUCUGUCUUUCUUCUUUCAUUCCCGACUCCGCUGUCUGGGCGCGUCAGUCAUCUGAUGCGGAGAUUGGGCACAAGUGGUUGGCACGGCGUGAGACUGCGCUUAGGCUUCCCACCACACCCCCAUGCAUGGCGUUCGUUAUGGGUGCGCAGGCCGGUUAAGGCCUCCCAAGCCUUUAUCUAGCCCCCCUGUUGGUUCGGCUUAUCUCUUGCGUGGCCGGUUGUAGGGGACACCCAUUGACAGCAGUGAAGCAUUUGUGAUGGGACUGUGGGGAAGUAAAUCUUGCAUUAUCGUACGCGGGACGUUUUAGAAGAAGUAUCACAGAACUCUGGAUGACAGAAUUACUCCAAGCACGACAGAAAGUCUGGUAGUUUGUUCAGUUAAAACAAUACUGUCUUGAGUUAUCUUUUUAGUUGCCGCAGACAAUACCUUAGGAUUCCUCUUGAAGGCGAAAAGUUAGGUGGAAGGAGGGCUUGUAUUCACUACCUGGACGGAUUUCAGGACAGCGUGCAGUCGUUCCGUUAUGUUCGGGCAGAGAACCCACACAUGCAACGCGUAGUAAUGAGCAGCCAUCGAGGGCAACGUCUUCCUGGUGGGCCGUGGCCUUGCCAGCUUUCUGGGCAAUGUCGGGCUGUAGUCCGCGUGCAUGAUUCACACUUUCUGGGAUCCAUUACUCUCAUAAGAGUAGGUAUACUGAGAUAUUGGUUGGUUUAUGGAACUUGAUCACGAAUCUACGGCCUGCCGCUAGUGACGUCAUGUUCAUGAACUGAACCACGAGAGUGAAUUACGUUUUAUUAGCCACGCUCUUUCUUUCCACAUACAUCUUGUUCAAGUGGCGAGAGAAUGGCAUCGCAAUUGGAAUUGGGCGUGUGCUCAGUGACUGACUCGGCAUAAAACCCUCUCAAUGUGUGCCACACAAGUAUUGGUCACUCACUCUACCCCAGCCCCUGCGAGUGCGAGUUCCAAAAAGGCUGUAUAAGGACGCAUCCACUGUUAGCUGGACCUCGUUCCUCAGAACUGCGCUGGUUCACUACGUGACAACCUUCUGGACCACAACUGUUGCGGCGUCAAGGUAGUUCAAGUGAGCAUCAUUUGAAGACUUGUUCAGCACCGGUCUCCAUAUGCUCACACAUCCAGUGCUCAAUUGUCAGACUAGUAGUGCGAUUUAGCGCUUGGACCGACGAGGCAGAGAGCCCCAGUAGAUGUGUACCUGGACACUGUCGACCCUCCUUUAACCAAGGCAAGCUUCAGCUGCAAAUUCGCCAGAGUUCGAAAGGCAGGCCAAUUACCCUCAUCCAAGUGCUCUUCUUUGUCUAGAUGGUUGCUAGGGCACGACCGCUUCCUACUUCGUCCACUACGACCUGUUUGCCAGAUGGGGUCGACGUGGAUGGCCAACGCGCGCAGCUAAGUCAUUGAUGAGACUUACGAUCGAUCAAAAUGACUACCUCUGCCUGGGCAGCUCAUGCAACCAAUGUUGAGCUAUUGGCCCUAGAACAGGGAAAGUACUGGCUCUAGGCGUUCACUCCGACUUCCGCCCCCACCUUGCAAAGCAGUAAAUUUCAUUCGCGAUCCGUCACCAAAUUUCCAGUCCAUGCUACCGAUUAACGCCUGGGAUUACUUGCUUACAGAACCAGCAGAUUCUGUCGGUCAAGAAUGAGCGAGUCGUGUAAAAUCCGAGUUUUAAAUUUUCCUCCUCUUUUUUAGCAUACGAGGUACAAGCGACGGCGGCCCAGCUUCCAGUACCUCAGAACUGCGUCCCAGCUCACUUGGCCUCUCCUUCUUCAUGUGGCUUUUCCUAGAUGACCAUCCAUGCAGCCGCACCUCAGUGCCAGGUAGUGCUUCCAUUCAACGCCGCUGUCUCUUCCGUCUUCUAACUGUGGCGGGAAACGGUGUGGAGGCCUUCAUUUCCGCAACAGGCAAUCUACAUAUUGCUUCAGUACAGACAGGUGAUCUCACCUUUGAGACUGUAAGUUUUGCCAGCUGA